AUGGUAACACAUAAACAGAGAAGAACAGAGAAAGGACUCUGCUUUAAAGACUACUUCAAAUGGAUCUUCUAUGUAUUCAACAAUUUGAAAAUAUACGUCUAUGACUUGCCUUCCAAGUUCAACACAGACUGGUUAGCCAACAACAGAUGCAGCAACCAUCUCUUCGCAGCCGAGGUGGCUCUUCACAAGGCGUUGCUGAGCCUCGAGGGAAACGUACGGACAGAAGAUCCGUAUGAAGCAGAUUUCUUCUUCGUCCCUGUUUACGUCUUCACAGUCAACGGCUUUCCAGCGAUAGGUCACGCCAGAUCACUCAUCAAGGAAGCGAUCGGGCUCGUCUCAGCUCAAUACCCGUUUUGGAACCGAACCAGUGGCUCUGACCACGUCUUCAUCGCCACACACGACUUUGGCUCUUGCUUCCACACCAUGGAGGAUAGAGCAAUUGCUGAUGGGGUACCAAUGAUCUUGAGAAACUCUAUAGUUUUGCAAACUUUUGGUGUUACGUUUAAACAUCCAUGCCAAGAAGUAGAGAACGUUGUGAUACCACCGUACAUCUCACCGGAAAGUGUAUACAAGACUCAAAAGAAUAGUCCGAUGACUAAGGAACGUGACAUUAGGGUUUUCUUCCGUGGCAAAAUGGAGAUUCAUCCCAAAAAUAUCAGUGGACGCUUUUACAGCAAGCGAAUAAGGACGGAGAUAUGGAGGAGUUACAGCAGUGACCGGAGGUUUUAUCUCCAACGACAAAGAUUUGCCGGUUACCAGUCAGAAAUAGCUCGUUCUGUUUUCUGUUUAUGUCCUCUCGGGUGGGCCCCGUGGAGCCCGAGACUUGUUGAGUCGGUUGCACUUGGCUGCGUGCCUGUUAUUAUCGCCGACGGUAUCCGUUUGCCGUUCCCUUCUGCCGUGCGUUGGCCUGAUAUCUCUCUCACGGUUGCGGAGCGUGACGUUGGGAAACUCGGAGAGAUUUUGGAACACGUGGCCGCAACUAAUUUGUCCGUCAUACAGAAGAACUUGGAGGAUCCGUCAGUUAAGCGGGCCCUUAUGUUUAAUGUUCCGCCGAGAGAGGGAGAUGCCACGUGGCAAGUUUUGGAGGCUUUGUCUAAGAAAUUGCAUAGGUCCGUUAGAAGAAGAUCAAAUGCUUUUCUGUAAAACUAAUUUGUUUUUUGACACGUGUAUAUUACUGCUUGGGAGUUAGGUGAUGAUUGUUUGGUGAAGUGGAAGAACUAUCAAAGCAGAUAACACUUUUCAGUGAUAAACAUCUGUUAGACUUACCGAUUUAGGAUGUGUAAAUAUAAAAGAAAAAAACAAAUUUGGUCUCAAUAUCUCAAUUCCAC